UGCAUGAUUACGGAUGUUUAUAUCAAACGUUCUGAACACGUUUUGUGUGUUCAAAGUUCUGUUGUGGCUUUACCUGAUAUCUCGGAUUGAUUUGACACUUACCAACAUGCAUCUACUUUUAUUGACAACAGUCUUUGUUGUAAUAUAUCCAAGCUGCGUAAACAUGUGUUUUAGAACACGUAGUAAAGGUGACAGUGAUGGAGAUCAAGGUAAUGCUUGUACCACUAUAACGAUUAUCUCCCGUGAUACCUGGGGAGCCAGACCAGCACGUAGCUCUUCUGUGAUAAGUGUACCCGUACCCAACAUAUAUAUACAUCACACCGAUGGCAAUCCAUGUACAUCGUCGUCUGCUUGCAUCACACGAAUGACACAAAUACAAAACUAUCACAUGGAUACGAGAGGAUAUGAUGAUAUUGGAUACAGCUUUUUGAUUGGAGAAGAUGGCAAAAUAUACGUGGGAAGAGGUUGGGACCGAAUCGGAGCUCACACAAAGAAUUAUUACUAUAACAGUCGUAGUUAUGGUAUAUCCUUUAUUGGUAACUUUAUGACCCGUGCACCAAACACUGUUGCUUUAAACGCUGCAAAGUCCUUGAUUCAGUGUGGAAUACAUAAUGGAAAGAUAUCAGGCUCCUAUGAUUUGUAUGGACAUCGCGAUAUAAAGUCUACACUUUGUCCAGGUGAUACCUUGUACAAUAUCAUUCAAUCUUGGCCUCAUUUUCAUGGCCCAUAGGUCAUUUAUAUUUACUCAAUAUGUAACUUUAUAAUAAAAUUGAGAAUGGAAAUGGGGAAUGUGUCAAAGAGACAACAACCCGACCAUAGAACAGACAACAGCAGAAGGUCACCAACAGGUCUUCAAUGCAGCGAGAAAUUCCCGCA